CCUGCUCUGCGGAGGGGCACCUUCAACCAGCUCCGCGGUGCACAGGCAGCGGCGUCCUCCUCCUCCUACCCGAGUCGUGAGAAACAGAAAACGAGUGGAAAAAAUACACGUUCACGAUGUCGCUCCUCACGUUCAGCAGGCUGGCGCCCAAACUCCUCAACUCCAAGAAUGCCACCUUCCUUGUGGCGGCCAGAAAUGCUAGCGCAUCAACAACAAAUCUGAAGGAUGUCCUGGCCGAUCUCAUCCCCAAAGAACAGACCAGGAUCAAGAACUUCAAACAGCAGUACGGCAAAACCAACAUAGGGCAGGUUACUGUUGACAUGGUCUAUGGAGGCAUGAGGGGGAUGAAGGGUCUGGUGUAUGAGACAUCCGUUCUGGAUCCUGACGAGGGCAUCCGUUUCCGUGGCUACAGCAUUCCCGAGUGUCAAGAGUUGCUGCCCAAAGCUCCAGGAGGUGCGGAGCCGCUGCCCGAGGGCCUCUUCUGGCUGUUGGUCACAGGGCAGGUGCCCACCGAGGAGCAGGUGAACUGGGUGUCCAAAGAGUGGGCGAAGAGAGCAGCACUUCCCUCCCACGUCGUCACCAUGCUGGACAACUUCCCCACAAACCUGCACCCCAUGUCUCAGUUCAGCGCGGCCAUCACCGCUCUGAACAGCGAGAGCGGCUUCGCGCGGGCUUAUUCCGAGGGCGUCCACAAGUCUAAGUACUGGGAGUUUGUCUACGAAGACUCCAUGGACUUGAUCGCCAAGCUGCCGUGCAUCGCCGCCAAGAUCUACCGCAACCUGUACCGUGAGGGCAGCAGCAUCGGAGCCAUCGACUCCAACCUGGACUGGUCCCACAACUUCACCAACAUGCUGGGCUACAGUGAGCAGCAGUUCACCGAGCUGAUGAGACUCUACCUCACCAUCCACAGUGAUCAUGAAGGAGGCAAUGUCAGUGCCCACACCAGCCACCUGGUGGGCAGCGCCCUGUCCGACCCCUACCUGUCCUUCAGCGCCGCCAUGAACGGUCUGGCUGGUCCCCUGCACGGCCUGGCCAAUCAGGAGGUGCUGGUGUGGCUGACCGCCCUGCAGAAGGAGAUGGGAGGAGAGGUGUCUGAUGAGCUGAUGAGGGAUUACAUCUGGAACACACUCAAGUCCGGAAGGGUGGUGCCAGGUUACGGCCACGCUGUCCUGAGGAAGACGGACCCGCGCUACACCUGCCAGCGCGAGUUCGCCCUGAAGCACCUGCCCAACGACCCCAUGUUCAAGUUGGUCGCCCAGCUUUACAAGAUUGUGCCCAAUGUGCUCUUGGAGCAGGGCAAGGCCAAGAACCCCUGGCCCAAUGUGGACGCCCACAGCGGAGUGCUGCUGCAGUAUUAUGGGAUGACUGAGAUGAACUACUACACGGUGCUGUUCGGCGUGUCCCGGGCCCUCGGCGUGCUCGCCCAGCUGGUGUGGAGUCGAGCCCUGGGCUUCCCCCUGGAGCGCCCCAAGUCCAUGAGCACCGACGGACUGAUGACCCUGGUGGGAGCCAAGUCGGGCUGAGGAGACCACCACCACCACCUGACAGGAGCUGGGGGGGUCAGUGUGUGUGAAGGGUGGGGCGGAGGUGGAAACAUCCCAAAAAAAAAGGAAAAAAAAAAAGGCAGACAUAAGUUCAGUUGACCCCUCAACCCCCCCACCUCCCCACCCCAUGUCGUAUCCAACCCCAGGGGGGAUUCAACAGGAUUCAGAGAGACAGUUCACUUUUAAUGUCAUGUCACAGAAGAAGGGCCUUUUUAAAAUCGCCACACCGUUAGUUUGUUUGAGUGUAUUUAGUUUAAACCACUGAAGAUUUUUUUUUUCCCCGCCACGUCUCCGUAUUCAGAAAACAUGCUUCAUACGCAAACGUGUAAACCCGUCGUAGGCUCAAACACUGUACUAUUGUAAAGUCUAAUAGCAUCGCUAAGAUAUCGACCUGUCGUGGGUCUGAACUAAGAAGAGGCAAGUUGGCAAUCAAAGGGAAUCGUGGCAGUGAAUUGCACUUGUUUGUAUUUGCUCCAGUUCAGUACCUGACUCAACCUUUUGUUGCUUUUGGCUAAUGCAGUGAUUUGUUCUAGAGGAGACUCCUCCCCCCUCUCCCCCUACCCCACAAGUUAAGACUCUAACCUUUGUUUUCCUUCUAUGCAACAAUUCCCAGACGUUGUCCCGCCCGGUCCAUCGGCGCGUUUCACUCCCGUUUAUGAACACUCCAGUUUAGGAAAAAGAAAAGUACAAUUACCAAACAAGAUGAACGAGGGCGUGAUUGAUAAGUUCCUCUCCUACAUCUACACACAUCUUCCCCUUAUCGUCUGCUGUCAGAUCUCGUCAACGGUCUCCAGAUGUGGUUGUGACGGUAACCACUAACCAAUAAGAAGGGGGGGGGGGCAUCAUCCCCCUGGUGUGUUGCCGUAUCCGUCGUCACGGACGUCUUUAGGUCGACAAGCCCUGGAGUCGGAGGGAGGCAGCGAAACAGACGUUAAUAACUUUCUUGCGUCCUCUCUGCAAAGAAUUGGAAGCGCGUCUCCUUCAACCUUUUAGUCCAUGAACAUGUCGAUCACCACUCGGAACAAAAAUCAUAAUACCGGUUAAAAGAUACUGCCCCUUUAAAUCUUCAGUCUCUCUCUUCUCUCCUCCUCCCAACAGUAGUUGUUUUUCUUUUUUAAAUGAUGACCUGUAUUUUACCUCUAUGAUCAAAAUAACUGUCCCGUCUGUUUUCGUAAAGUCGCUAAUACUAAUAUUAAUACAGUUUUGAGCACAGGGUGUUGUGAUUGGCAGCCUUAAGAGCAAGCUUGACUUCUGGUGAAGUUCCCGUCUUAUCUAAGUGAUGUGUUUGUCAGUCGAGUCCCCACAGGAAGCGCUUCGAACAUCAAAUACUCCAAAAUGAGCACUUGCUUGAUUGGAUUUCCUUUUUUCUUUAGACGUAGACGACCCCCUCCCUCCCCCUCCAGGAUGAUUGUAACCCCCUCCCCUUUUUUUCUUUGGGUGUUGAAUAUGUAUAAAACUAUAAUCUUUGGGUUUCUCAUGUUGUGGUUUUAUUUAUACUUUGUGUACAUAGGUAUAUAUAUAUAUAUGUAUAUGUAUAGCUUGAAUGUAUGAGCUUGUAAUUGCCACAACGAUUUUUCCAUAAGUUUUAUCCACAGUGUCUUUGUCUCUCACUGGGUCACUGUGGAAAUUCUGACGACGACGAACAAAAAAAGAAAAAGAAAACUGCAGCUUAAUUGUAAUAACGUAGAUUCAUUUUUCCUCGCCCACUGUAGCUCUGUGGGCUUUAGCCGGUGCUGUUUUUAUUUGUUUCAGGUGUUUUUCACUUGAAUGUGUCAAGCUUGCUCUUAACCUCUGGGUUUGUCAACACUCCAUUUUUUUUGCGUGUAGUUUUAUAGUUCCUGCGUCGUUCAAACUGCUCGUGGUUUCACUCGGACGCUUCGCUCCGCCUCCGUCUUCCGUCGCGGCUCUUGUCGCACGCGUCUCGUGUUUUACCGUACUUCUUCUUCUUCUUCUGCUCGGUGAGCAGGUUUAUUUUGAUCGUAGAGGAGCCAAAUAAAAGGUCGUUCACAGUAACCUGGGGUGAAUUCAAGUGCAGGUGGAUUCGGUAGGAGAAACACUAUUAAGGGGGAGGGAAAUGGGGUCUGGACGGGUCGAAUGGGAGAGAAAAGCCUGAGGAGCAAAUAUUGGAAAAAAAAAAAACCUAACAAAAAAUGAAAAAUAAAGGUUUUUAUUAACACUCGGUUUGGUCAGGGGUUUUUUUUCUUCUUCCUGUCAUUGCCUGUAACACGAUGAAGGUCGUUCUGAUACUGUAUGUGAACUGAAGGACAAUGAGAACCGUAAAUAAUUAAACCAAUGAAGGCUGCUUCAAAGCUC